CGAGGAACGUUCAGUGCCAUUCUAUAAAUGUAUGUAUGGAGCCACCUUCCAACCUCACACCUUAAACUCCAUCAUCUCUGAAAGCUUACUCGAUGGCUGCUAGCGGUGGCUGCAAGGGCAAAUCUAUUUGCUCAAAGCAUGUCACCAUGCUCACGAUCGUAAUUAUGAGCUUUGGAGUCAUCUCCUGUUGUCUCGGCCAUGGCGGGGGGGAUCAUGAUGGCCAUAUCGGGGCGAAGGGGGGAAGCUGCAUAUAGAGCGAGAGGAGAGCUCUCCUAGACAUCAGAUCCGACAUGUAUGACUCUGGCGAAAUAUUCUCUACUUGGAUCGGUGAAGAUUGCUGUCGUUGGAGAGGAGUGGCUUGCGACAACACCACCAGCCAUGUCAUCAAACUCGACCUCCACUAUCCUUACUCCUACACAGACGAUUGGGAUGAUGAGGUUAACAUUUGCUACUUGCUGAAUGAGAUGGGUGCGAGUAAGGUAAAUCCCGCUUUGCGUGAUCUGAAGCAUUUGAAAUAUCUGGAUUUGAGCAUGAAUAAUUUCUUUGGCUCCCACAUUCCCCACAUGAUUGCUUCACUUGUGCAUUUGGAAUAUCUUAACCUAUCCAAUGCUAUGUUUGAUGGACUAAUACCUCCGCAACUGGGGAACCUCUCCAACCUACACUACCUUGAUCUUGGAGGAUGUGGAGUUAAUGAUCUACGAGCUGAUGACCUUGACUGGCUCUCCCAAAUUCCUUCUCUGAAAUAUAUUGAUAUGAGUUUUGUCAACCUCUCUAAAGCAACUAAUUGGCUUCACCAAGUUAAUUGGAUCCCCAGUCUCAAUGUAUUGCGCUUGAAGUGGGCAAACCUCCCAUAUGUUCCAUCUCCUUUGCCCGCUUUUAAUCUGACUUCAAUCUUCAAGCUGGAUCUCUCUGGUUAUUCCAACUUGAAUACAACAAUUCUAAGAUGGCUCUCUCAUGCUAGCAGUCUUGUAUAUCUUGAUCUUUCUCACUGCAGUCUUGUCGAUAUUGAGUCACUACAAGUCACUCUGGGAGCUCUGAGUAAUUUGAAAGAAUUAUAUUUGCUUGGCAAUCGUCUCGAAGGAGAAAUUUUUGGAAUGAUAAUGAAUGUGAGCAGGAGCUUGAAGUAUCUGGAUUUAAGUUGGAAUUCAUUAAGUGGAGAUAUGGGACAAAUCUUGAGGAGCCUUAGCCCUUUUGGAAUGCUAAUGAAUGUGAGCAGCAGGUUGAAGCAUUUGGAUUUAAGUGGGAAUUCAUUAAGCGGAGAUAUUGGACAAAUCUUGAGGAGCCUUAGCCCUUUUGGAAUGAAAAUGAAUGUGAGCAGCAGGUUGAAGCAUUUGGAUUUAAGUCGGAAUUCAUUAAGCGGAGAUAUUGGACAAAUCUUGAGGAGCCUUGGCUCCUUGGAGUACCUUGCAUUAGAUGAUAACAAGUUCAACGGAGAUAUUCUAGAAAUGGUGAAAAAUGCCCCAAACAGCUUACAAUAUUUAAGUUUGACAUUCAAUCACUUUACUGGAGAAAUUUCACAAAAAGUAAAGAAUCUCACUAAUUUGGAAUACUUGGAUCUCUCGUACACCAAUAUUACCAGAGGUAUACUAAUGGCUUUUUGUGAUCUUAUCAACUUAAAAAGUUUGAUAUUACAAGGAAAUAAUAUUUCAAGACAAAUACCAAAAACUAUUGGGAAUCUCACCAAUUUAGAAUAUUUGAAUCUCUCGUACAAUAAUAUUACUGGAGCUAUACCAAUGGCUAUUGGUGAGCUCAUCAAGUUGGAGAGCUUGAGAUUAUGGGGAAAUAAGAUUUCAGGACAAAUACCAGAAACUAUUGGGAAUCUCAUCAAUUUGAAAUAUUUGGAUCUCUCGGAUAAUUUUAUUACUGGAGCUAUACCAAUAGCUAUUGGUGAUCUUAUCAACUUGGAGAGCUUGAUAUUAUGGGGAAAUAAGAUUUCAGGACAAAUACCAGAAACUAUUGGGAAUCUCCAAAAUAUACGAUGGCUAGAUUUAUCUGAUAAUUUUUUUAGUGGGCAGAUACCAGAGACCUUCAACAGACUCUACAACUUGCAAAUGUUGUAUGUAUCACGUAAUCACCUGACAAAGUUAGUAUCUGGGACUCUAAAUAAACUAUGCAAUUUGAGUUUUAUAGAUUUGUCCUUUAACCCUAUUGGUGGAGAGCUAACAGAUUUGAUCGAUGCUUUACCAGAUUGUAACCAGGGAGCCAGUUUAGAUAUAUAUAUUAGGGCUAAUAAUUUGAGUGGGAUUGUCCCCUCAAGUAUUGGUCAAUUAUCUGCAUUGCGUGAAUUGGACAUCUCCUCAAAUUUGCUGGAAGGCAACAUCACUGAAGCACACUUUUCCAAACUCACCAACUUGGAACACUUGGACAUAUCUUAUAACUCCUUGAAUGUGAUCCUAUCCAAUGAUUGGCUUCCACCUUUUAAUGCCUACAGGAUUAUUAUGAGCUCAUGUCAUAUGAGAACUAAAUUUCCUGCUUGGAUUCAGACACAAACAAAUUUGGGAGAUCUUUCUUUAUCUGGAGUUGGACUCUUAGGCCACCUUCCAACUUGGUUUUCAGAUUUCUCGAAAGGUUUGUGGGGUCUUAACUUGAGUUCUAAUAACUUGAAUGGUCCGCUACCCUCUGUUGCCAAUGACAUCAUUGAUCUUUCCAAUAACUCAUUUGUUGGACCCAUUCCGUUGAGUUUUGCAAAUGCCUCCUACCUUCAAAUUUUAUCUUUAUCUCAUAACAAUAUCAAUGGCAGUUUUUCUCCCUUUUUCUGCAAUCUUAAUGAUCUGAAAAUCCUGGACCUAUCAAACAAUAAUUUAUCUGGAGAAAUCCCAACAUGUCAUAAAUCAUUCCCAACUUCUCUACAGUCCUUGCAUCUGAACCACAACAACUUGUCUGGAAGAUUUCCUUCCUUCCUGAAACAUUGUGAACAAUUGGUUACCCUUGAUCUCGCUGAAAAUAAUUUGUUUGAUGAAAUACCAACAUGGGUGGGAGAAAACCUUUUGUACUUGAGAGUUCUUAGUUUGAAGUCAAACCUAUUUUAUGGUACCAUUCCAGUGCACAUAGCAAAUCUCACUUCUCUUCAGGUUUUGGAUCUUUCUUCCAACCAUCUUUCUGGUAGCAUUCCUUCGUCUCUAGGAAAUUGUAGUGCUAUGGUUGAGAUACAACAUGACACUACAUCAUUGCUUAAUCUUUUUAAUGUUAGCGGUUCCUAUAGCGAGAGCAUAGUAAUAACAGCCAAAGGAUAUGACAUCCAAUACACCACAAUUCUCUCACUUGUAACAAGCAUAGACCUAUCAAACAAUAAUCUUUCCGGCGAGAUCCCAAGAGAGCUAACAAACCUUCAUGGAUUGCUUUUUUUGAACUUAUCCAAGAAUCAUUUGAGAGGAACCAUUCCAGAAAAGAUUGGUUCCAUGGAACAACUGGAAUCACUUGACUUAUCGAUGAACAAUCUCACAGGAGAUAUUCCUUCCAGCUUAUCAUCUCUCACCUUCCUAAGCCACUUGAAUCUCUCUCACAACAACUUGUCAGGAAGAAUUCCAACAGCCGGUGGUCAAAUGUCGACCUUCAACGCGUCAAUCUAUGAUGGUAAUGAAUACCUUUGUGGUAUGCCACUGCCAGAGUGCCCUGGUGAUGCAGAUCAUCAAAGUCCACCUCAUGAACACGAAGAGAAAAACGGUGACAGGCUUGAAACAGUGUGGGAAAUUACCAGCAUCGUCAUGGGUUUUGUGGUUGGUUUUUGGAGUUUUAUAGGAACAAUGAUCAUGAAAAAGAGCAUAAGAAUUGCUUUCUUUCGAUUUUUCGACAAGGCUUACGAUUGGUGCUACGUGCAGUUGGCAGUCGGAUGUGCAAGGUUAAAGUCCAAACGGCAAAGUGUGACUUGAUCCAUCGGUGGCAAGAACCGAAGAGUUUACUGUUACAUUUUAAGGAGGUCUCAAGUUGCUUUUCCAGUUAGUAAUUCCAGCUCGUAUGUUUUGGUGUAAUGUUGUCAGAAUAAAGAAGGAAAAGGGUAUCGCCGUUGAUGGCCUUUUGCUUCAUUAGUAUGUAUGUAUUUGUUCUAAUCAGUUCAAAAACUUCAUCUACCGUCGUUCUAAUCAAUAUGUUCAAGUCAGUCAUCCCUACCGUUGUCUUUAUGACAUUAUAAUAAAGCAGAAAGAAGUAUGCUGAAGAGCUUUUUGUUACAUCUUGAGGUCGCAAGCUGCUUUCAAGUAAUGCUGUGUGUAAUCAUCAUGCAAUGCUGUCAGAAUAAAGAAGGAACAAGUAUCAAGUAAUGCAUUCCUUCUAAUCUCUUCAAAUACUUUUUAUCUACCGUCGUUCUGUUAUCGCUUUCCUUUCGAUACAUUGCCUCGUUAAUUGGAUGACGACACAUGCUUUUCUUUGUGUUAUUUUAUAUGGAAGCUUCUGUUGGCAAUUUUUGUAUCUUUUAGUAGUCUUCUGUUGAUAUCCAUUGUCAUGCUCGAUCUCUCUGGUUAUUAGAACUCAAGUAAUGCAUGUAUUCUAAGAAGGCUCACUAAUGCUAGAAGCCUUGCACACAUUGGCAAUCUUCAAAGUCUGCAGGUUUUACGUCUGUCUCGUAACUCUGUUACCGGGCAACUACCUGAAACAAUUGGCAAACUCGACCUCUUGCAGUUCUUGGAUAUAUCAGAUCAACCACUUAUCAGGGCAGAUGCGGAGGACUUUAGGUUUGCCGAGUUGUCGUGGAGGAGCAGCCUUGUCAUACUUAAGUAUUGAGGGCAACAAAUUUAAUGGCAUUAUUCCAUCUAAUUUGGGUCGAUUUUCUGGAAUGUACAGGUUGGACCUCUCCUCAAACUCACUAGAAGGCGACAUCACUGAAGCACACUUUUCCCAGCUCCUUCAACUUGGAAAAUUUGGACAUAUCUUACAGCUCCUUCAAAUUGGCUUCCCCCUUUUGAUGCUUCAUUUAUUGACAUGAGUUUCUGUCAUAUAGGAACUAGAUUUCCUACUUGGAUUCGAAGCCAAACUAAUUUGAGAAGCCUUCAACUAUCUGGUGUUGAACUCGCGGGCAAAGUUCCAGCUUGGUUCUCGGAUAUGUCUACAGGAAGCAUUCCAACAAGCAAUCAAUUGUCCACGUUAAAUGACCCCUCAAUCCAUGUUGGCAACAAAGACCUUUGUGGUACGCCACUGUCUGUGUGCCCUGGAGACGUUGCUUAUCGAAGCCUACCUCCUGCAGCAAUUGAAGAAGGAGAAGAAGACAGUGAUGGCGAGCUUGAAGGUGUAUUAGAAAUUACAAGCAUCGUCAUGGGAUUCGUGGUUGGGUUUUGGAGUUGUUUUGGCAUAAUGAUCAUCAAACAGUCUCUAAGGGUUGCUCUCUUCCAGACUGGUGAUUGGGUCUUCGUGCAGUUGGCAGUAAGAUUUGCAAGGAUGAAGUCCAAAUCGAGAAGAACCACAUGAACUGUCGCAGGAAACUUGGGUGGCACAUUUACUAUUACAGCUUGAGAUCAUACGGUCCUUUCCACCAUGUCGCCCAUAUGUAUUAUGAUGGUAAAGCUAUCAGCAAAAGGACUGGACAGUUUCUGGUGUUCUAUGUAUUAUGAUGUUAUGCUAUUAGGAUAGUUUCGGUAUAUUGUGCAUGUCCAACUGUGAUCAUUCUGGAGCUUUAAAGCUUCAAACAAUUGCGAUAUACAUAUUACCUUAGCAGCUCA